ACUGUGCGUGGCUGCUAAAGGGAUAGAAGAGUGAGACCGACCCACACCAGAGACUCGGGAGACAGAUAAGAGAAGGGAGUGGUGGUGGUCGUCUCGUCAGUCGUCCCCAAAGACAUCCAAGGAAUAAGUAAAGACUAAAGAAAUGGCAUCUGCAUCUCUCCUCAAGUCGUCUCCAGUCCUCGACAACUCUGAGUGGGUGAAGGGCCAGACCCUUCGCCAGCCUUCGGCUUCGGUUGUCCGCUGCCACCCCGUCUCUCAGUCUGCUCUUACCAUCCGCGCUGGAUCAUACGCCGAUGAGCUCGUCAAGACUGCGAAAACCAUUGCAUCUCCUGGCCGUGGAAUCUUGGCCAUGGACGAGUCGAACGCGACCUGCGGGAAGCGUCUCGCCUCCAUCGGUCUGGAGAACACUGAGGCCAACCGCCAGGCAUACAGGACACUCCUAGUCACCGCUCCUGGCCUAGGAAACUACGUCUCCGGUGCUAUCCUCUUCGAGGAGACACUCUACCAGUCCACCGUCGAUGGCAGAAAGAUGGUCGACGUGCUCGUCGAGCAGAAAAUCGUCCCCGGUAUCAAGGUUGACAAGGGUCUGGUUCCCCUGGCUGGAUCCAACGACGAGUCAUGGUGCCAGGGUCUUGACGGCCUUGCCUCCCGCUCAGCCGCUUACUAUCAGCAGGGUGCUCGUUUCGCCAAAUGGCGUACCGUUGUGAGCAUUCCCAACGGUCCAUCUGCACUGGCUGUGAAGGAAGCAGCCUGGGGUCUCGCUCGUUAUGCUGCAAUUUCUCAGGACAACGGGUUGGUUCCAAUCGUGGAGCCGGAGAUCCUGCUCGAUGGUGAGCACGGAAUUGACAGGACCUUCGAAGUUGCCCAGAAGGUUUGGGCCGAGGUCUUCUACUACCUUGCUGAAAACAAUGUCAUGUUUGAGGGUAUCCUCCUCAAGCCCAGCAUGGUUACUCCUGGUGCAGAGUGCAAGGACAAGGCAUCACCUCAACAGGUUGCAGAGUACACCCUCAAGCUCCUCCACCGGAGAAUCCCCCCAGCUGUCCCCGGAAUCAUGUUCUUGUCUGGUGGGCAAUCCGAAGUGGAAGCAACCCUGAACCUGAACGCCAUGAACCAAGGCCCUAACCCAUGGCAUGUGUCGUUCUCAUACGCAAGAGCCCUGCAGAACACUUGCUUGAAGACAUGGGGAGGAAGGCCGGAGAACGUGCAGGCAGCCCAGGAAGCUCUGCUUAUCCGGGCCAAGGCCAACUCUCUGGCUCAGCUCGGCAAGUACACCGGCGAGGGAGAGUCAGAGGAAGCCAAGAAAGGAAUGUUCGUCAAGGGCUACACUUACUAGGACCGAUGUUGUACUUGUACCAAAUCUAUAGACGAUGAAGAAGAUCAAUAUAUUGAAGCCCUGAAAGGCUCUCUAUCUCACUCUGUUAUGCUUAUAGCCAUGGAGACUAUUUUUGUUCGUUAAAUGUAAUUUUUAGAGACUUAAUAAGUUUCUGGCAGCUGAUGAGAUUUGUAGGUGUCUACCUGCGUAUGGUAUAUUUCUUGUGCUUACAUUUGGUUUGGCAGCAAGGGCACUUAAAUCUUCCUUCUCUUCU